AUGGAAUCCUUUACAAGCCUGUUGAUAACAACACACUCUAUAACUGCAUGUCAGCGGUGUCGAGAUCAUAAAGUCAAAUGUAGUCGGGAACGUCCUGCAUGCGCUCGGUGCCAGCGGCUACAAGCCGAUUGUACAUAUCCCAGACCCCCAGUUCGCCGCGGUCGGAAGUUGCGUCGCAGCUCCCAGGGCGUGCGUCGAGUAGCUGACCAGAGUGCCGAACAGCUCGCCCGACGUGUUAUCGUCAGCACUCUCGGCAGAUCCGCGUCUGGCGCUCAAGAGUCUACUGCCCACCCAAGUCCUCGGUCUAAUGAAUUGACAUCCCCUCGUCAUUAUACGCCGCAUAAUGAAAAUGGUCUCGCUCAAACUGAGAACCAAGCACGUAGCGAAGCUGCUGGGUUAACUAGAGGUACCCCGCGCUCCGGUGGCUGGCCCAGCUAUCUUGCAAAUGAUGUUGGUGUCGAGUCAAUUAAUGUCUCCUCUGAAUCAUAUUCAACUCACCUGAGAAACAUGAAUAUGACCAGAGAAGGCUUAACUUCUGAUGUAGCCUGGCCACCUUUACCACCACGAGCCCUUGGGCUGUCCUUACUGGACAUAUAUUUUACGCGAAUCUACAAUGCAUCUGUACUCUUCUUUAAACCGAUUCUUUUCCAGCAAUAUCUUGAUGGAAAGAUUCCUGAGGUCCUGCUCAAGGCUCUCUUUGCGUUAGCUACGCUAUUUCUCACUCAAGCCAAUGAAGAUAGCAAUGACGAACAAUUUAAAUGGUCGGAGUUAAAGCUUCUAAGCACAUAUUCAUCCUGUGGUGUUCCAUGGGCAAGGUCAGCUCUAAGAGAAGCUAUGCCAUCGAUCUGCACAGAACCAUCUCUAGCGGUUUUGCAGGCCCUUCAUUGUUUGCAACUGUAUUGGUUUGGGAUUGGUGAGUCAAGAACCGGCCAUUUAUGUCUUACCCUGGCCUACCGUUCGUGUGAUCUCCUUGGAUACAACAGAAAGGUUGUUGAUGGGGUUGAAAAAUCCGAUUCCUCGCUCGAAUCAGAGUCAAGGCGUCGAUGCUUCUGGGCUUGCUGGAUGUCCACAAGCAUAGUCAUGGAACCAGAACCAUAUGCCAGAUUAGCCUGGCAAGAGGCUUCCAUGAUACCACUUCCUGCUGCUAUACUAUAUCCAUCUUCCGCUCAUGAAGUUGCCUCAGAUGAGAAGAUGGAUCACACCUGGCGUUCAAGCUUGGCGGUAUCUCAGUGCGAAGAUUAUCGCUCCCCUGUGUACGCCGCAUUAUUGGUUAAAAUGGUCGGAGUGUGGGUUAAAACUCAGCUUUUGGUCCGCGAUUGGGCAUCGUCUAGCAUUGCUCAGAAUCUUGAUUCUCUGCAAAGACUCUCGCACUUGGCAAGGUCAAUCUUUGAGAAUGAAAUGUCUAGCGUGGAUACAGAGACCUCUCGGAGCGACCAUAGCAUGGAGAAUACUCCCCUGGUACUCUUUACUAGUGCCCUUUACCACCAAUGCCAGAUCGCUUUGCAUUCAAUGGUUGUGCCUUUGUUUUCUGGUACACACCAUGGCCCAACGAUAGACCCAGAAAUCGUGAAGCAAAGCGCAGAGACAGUCAUACAACAUGCAGAGUUAUGCGAAGCUCUAUUAGCUCCUUACAUGUAUGGACCAGGCGAUGUUACGCUUCUACCGCCUUUCGUAGGAUAUGCUGCUUUCAUUACGGGUGUUGUGUUCUUGGCUAUUGAGGUCUCUUUUCGAGACAAGACAUCACGAAGGCCUAUCCCCGGAACAUUAUCAGAGAGUCGUAGAUUGUCGACUGUGAAGGGGACGCUUCGCUUACUCAACAAACUUCGGUGCUAUUGGAGAGCUCUGCAGCUUUCUUGGGAAAAGCUGGACGCUGCGUUGCAGCUACAUCUGUCAUGCUACAGAACACAACACGAAUUAACCGUCCCACACCCCGUCAGAGCCCCCGAACUUCAUCCUUCAACACCUAAAUCACAACUCUCAGAUCCUGUACGAGAACAGUCUGCGGACAACGAGCAGUCAAGGCACCGCGAAGCAUCGGUUCCACCGAUAGGUCCCUCGGACCAACAUCUGCAUCCAUGGGUGAGUGGCCGGAGAACUCUAGAAGUCGAUACAAUCCAGCAGACCCCACAGGCAACCAUGUCCGAUAACUGUAUCUUUGAACAAUCGGAUAUGGAGGCCGCUGAUAUGUCUUUCACAAGACCAUCUGGUGUAGCUCAGGACGACCCCUGGUAUAACCUGUCUUUCGCGGAGGCCGGAAUCGAACAGUUUGCAGGCUUCGAGCCCUUACACCUCUUUCAGCAGGGAUGCGGGUUCUUUAGCUGAGCGAUGAUCCAUUCAUCUGUAUGUAGAGCGAGAUAUACC